UGAUAUUGAAAAACCAAAAGAAAAUGGACUGCGAUCAACCGAGUUUGGAGGAGCAGCGCGAGCGUGUGGAUAAUGUGAUCGUGACCGCCAUGGAGGAUCUGGAUCGGGAAUAUCUGCGGAAGUUGCAGAUCGAGAUGCACGCCUGUGCGACCGCCUGCUGUGCGGAUGCGGAUGCGAAUGCGGAGGCGGUGGAGCGGUGCGUGGACCGCUGCCAGCUGCCUUUGACCCGAGCCCGCUGCUUUGUGCAGCAGGGCAUCUCCGAGUUCGAGAAUCGCCUGGAGAAGUGCAUCCAGCAGUGCCGUGGAUCCGCCGAUUGCCAUCUGGAGGAAAGGUGCUCCAGCAAUUGCGUGGACAGUCAUGUGGGACUGCUGCCCGAAAUGCUCAGGGCCAUGCGAGAUACCCUGGAAAAGGGUGUUUAAUAGGGUGUUCUUUUCCAACAAACAUCAGAACAUAAAAAUGUUCCUUUAUUUUUAUUAAACCAUUAUUGGCAUAUUAAAAAUUAU